AUGACUACCUCGAUCAAGAAUUUGUCUAUCAAGACAAAGGAAGCACCGGCACAGGCUUCUAAAAAGCCCGCAACCAAGAAGAAAAACGCAAAGAAGGUCGUCGCAGACUCAUGGGAGGACUCCGACUCAGAUUCUGAGUCCGGAGCCGAGGACGAGUCAAACAAGCCCACACCCACCGUUACGCCUGCUCCUCCUCCUCCGACGCCCAUGUCGCCCGUCGGUGAUUUGUCCUGGACAUCCAUGUCAAGUGGCCCUGGCCCUGGCCCUCGAGCUGGAACUGAUCCAGACAAGCGACCAGAGAAGACCGAUGCUGUUGCCCGCCGCAUGAUAGUUGCGGGAUUGGGCCUCAAGGCACCCAAGCAGACGGAGGAACAAAAGGCGUACCAGAGGAGCGUGCGUGAGCAGGAAAAGAAGAAGAGGGAACAAGAGCGAGAGGAGGAAAGAAAGAGACAGGAAGAGACCGAAAAGGCAAAGGCAGCUGUUUGGGAUGAUUAG